UUUCUUAUUAUACACAGUCAGAUUUAACUUAAUGUUUGAGAAAAUGUUUGGCAAACAUUGCCUUUUCAUCUGCCUGACACUGACCUUACUACACCAUGCAGUCUUGUCUACCGUGUUCAAGGAAAAGUUUUUCGACAUCCCUCUGCCGGACUCAGACAAGGUUUCGAUGAAAUACGGAUCCAUCGUCAAAGAUGGCUCAUUACUGAUGUCCAGGCCCCGUAGGGCGACAGCACAACUUCAUGUUGGCAGCAUACACGCUGGCAGAAACCACAACCAUCAGCAGCAGCAGCAGAGAGCCAGCAGACGAUUAUGGUGGCAGAAAUACAACGCACUGAGGUCAGGCGGACAAGUUCUGGACGCCUGAGUCUAACUAGGGACAAGAGAAUCUAACAAGAGAAACAACAACAAUUUAUAAUAAGCGACUCGACAUAGAACG